UAAAGAGACUCAAAGCCUUCUAUUCUGGCAGUGGGGGCACGACAUCUUUCAGCUUUCUUCCAGGAGCCACUCUCACAGGGGAGCCGAUUUCUUCUCGGAUCUGACCACCACAGCCCUCAGUAAUUAUAGCAGCGUCUGAAUUCUGAGCUAAAAACAGAAGUGCAGCAUGUGCCUAUUCCCCAUGUGAUUCAGAAAGCAGGAAAUUGAAAGAGCCUGACUGAGAGGAGAGGGAGCGCAAAGCAAUAGACACAUCCAAUGUUUGUCUGAAACCUGCUACGCCUGGGACGCAGGAGCUGCCGUCCGUGAUUCUGCUGCAGCUCAGCCGGGCGCAUUGGGCGUAGCGGGGCCGAAGGCAGGGGGAGCGGCGGGCCGGCGCUGGGCUGGCCGCGCCGCGAUGUGAGCAGCGCGCAGCGGAGCCAGCGCAGCGCCUGCAUGCUCCGGGCUGCCCGCGGGCUGCCCCGGCCCCGGCGCGCUCCUCCGGCGGCAGUCCGGCUGUGGCCGGCUCCAUGAGCCAAGCCAGGCGCUCCGGAGCAGCUCCUGCCUGUGGAUAUAACCAGGGGGCAAUCGGGAUGCGCUGAGCUUGCUCCGCCGGCGCCGCAGCUCCUUCGUGCUCCGCGCCGCAGGCGGGACAGGGCGAUGGACAUGAACAUGAAGAAGUUCACAGUGCGUCGCUUCUUCUCCGUCUAUCUCCGCAAGAAGUCUCGAUCAAAGAGCUCGAGCCUAAGUAGAUUCGAGGAAGAAGGUAUUGUGAAGGAAAUAGACAUCAGUCAUCAUGUCAAGGAAGGUUUUGAAAAAGCAGAUCCUUCUCAGUUUGAACUGUUGAAAGUAUUAGGACAAGGUUCAUACGGAAAGGUAUUUCUAGUCAGGAAGGUAAAAGGAUCUGAUGCAGGCCAGCUUUAUGCCAUGAAGGUACUUAAGAAGGCCACUCUAAAAGUUCGGGAUCGGGUACGAUCUAAAAUGGAGAGAGAUAUUUUGGCAGAAGUGAACCAUCCUUUCAUAGUCAAGCUUCAUUAUGCAUUUCAAACAGAGGGAAAGUUGUACCUAAUACUAGAUUUCCUGCGGGGAGGGGACCUUUUCACCAGACUCUCCAAAGAGGUGAUGUUUACAGAAGAGGAUGUCAAGUUCUACUUAGCUGAGCUGGCCUUGGCAUUAGACCACCUCCAUGGUCUUGGGAUUAUUUACAGGGAUCUAAAACCAGAAAACAUUCUUCUUGAUGAAGAGGGUCACAUUAAGAUAACAGAUUUUGGUCUGAGUAAAGAAGCCAUCGACCAUGACAAGAGAGCGUACUCGUUCUGCGGGACAAUAGAGUACAUGGCCCCAGAGGUGGUCAACCGGCGAGGGCACACGCAGAGUGCCGACUGGUGGUCCUUUGGCGUGCUCAUGUUUGAGAUGCUGACGGGAUCAUUACCCUUCCAGGGAAAAGACAGAAAGGAGACAAUGGCACUCAUUCUCAAAGCCAAGCUGGGAAUGCCACAGUUUUUGAGCAUAGAAGCCCAGAGUCUGCUGCGAGCCCUCUUCAAAAGGAACCCCUCCAACAGAUUAGGUGCUGGAUUUGAUGGAGUGGAAGAAAUUAAGCGUCACCCUUUCUUUGUUACUAUAGACUGGAAUAAACUGUACAGAAAAGAAAUCAAGCCGCCUUUCAAGCCUGCAGUGGGGCGGCCAGAAGACACCUUUCAUUUUGAUCCAGAGUUCACCUCUCGGACCCCUACAGAUUCCCCAGGUGUUCCUCCAAGUGCCAAUGCUCAUCAUCUUUUCAGAGGGUUCAGCUUUGUUGCCUCUAACUUGGUGCAGGAGCCUGCACAGCAAGAUGUGCACAAAAUCACUGUUCAUCCAAUUGUACAGCAGCUACAUGGGAACAACAUUCACUUUACUGAUGGAUACGAGAUCAAGGAGGACAUAGGAAUUGGCUCCUAUUCAGUGUGCAAGAGAUGCAUUCAUAAAGCUACAGAAACAGAGUUUGCAGUGAAGAUAAUUGAUAAGAGCAAAAGAGACCCCUCUGAAGAAAUUGAGAUACUCUUGCGAUAUGGACAGCAUCCAAACAUUAUUACUCUUAAAGAUGUCUAUGAUGACGGGAAGUUCGUGUACCUGGUGAUGGAGCUGAUGCGGGGAGGCGAGUUGCUGGACCGCAUCCUUCGGCAGAAGUGCUUCUCAGAGAGGGAAGCCAGCGCUGUGCUGUGCACCAUCACCAGGACUGUGGACUACCUACAUUCUCAGGGCGUCGUGCACCGAGAUCUGAAGCCAAGUAAUAUCCUCUACAUGGAUGAGUCAGGAAACCCAGACUCUAUCAGGAUCUGUGACUUUGGGUUUGCCAAGCAACUCAGAGCGGAGAACGGGCUGCUCAUGACUCCCUGCUACACAGCCAACUUUGUUGCUCCUGAGGUCCUUAAACGCCAAGGUUAUGAUGCAGCCUGUGACAUUUGGAGCUUGGGGAUCCUUCUGUACACCAUGUUGGCAGGAUUCACUCCUUUUGCAAAUGGUCCAGAUGACACCCCAGAGGAGAUUCUGGCCAGGAUUGGCAGUGGCAAAUAUGCUCUUACAGGAGGAAACUGGGAUUCAGUAUCUGAUACUGCAAAGGACAUUGUGUCUAAGAUGCUUCAUGUAGACCCUCAUCAGCGCCUCACAGCAGUCCAAGUCCUGAGACAUCCAUGGAUAGUGAACAGGGAGUACCUGUCUCAAAACCAACUCAGCAGACAGGAUGUCCACCUAGUUAAGGGUGCAAUGGCAGCCACUUACUUCGCUUUAAACCGUGCACCUCAGGCACCGAGGCUGGAGCCUGUAUUGUCCUCCAACCUGGCUCAGCGGCGAGGCAUGAAAAGACUUACCUCUACCAGAUUGUAGCACUACUCCCAAAAGGCCUCCUUGAAAACCCACAGUUUAUUAUUUGAGAAAUUCAUCUUUACUUGGCUAGCAGAACAUUUUUGGAGAACCUGCACAUGAAAUUGCCAGAACUAGCAGAAGCCCACGUAAGGCAAAGUUCUCAUUUGCUACAUCUUUUCUUUUACAUUCCAGCCAGGGUCCUGAGUUUAACAACUUCACAAAAGAUGUGCCAGUUUUGCCAGUAGCUCUGUUUCUUUACUGAGAUAAAGCCAAAUCAAAUAGGUGAGCUCCAUCCUUUCCACCCUAGGAAAACUAUUUUUGAGUCCGUAAGAUGUUCCAUGGGAACAGUUUUCAUUUUGAUUCUCAAGAAAAGCACUUUUUGCUAUGAAGAGAACAGUCGGGUUAGAAUGCUCUUCCAGCAUGCGUCAUGAUGAAGUAGACAUCUACUGAUCUCCACUCACCCCAAGAAGAGUGAAGGCUGCAGAGAUACAUGACUAAUACCUUAUUUGAAACAAGUGCUAUACAACAUGAGGUAGAGAGAGCUGGUGGUGGUGGAAAUACCUUCUGUUCUUGAGGAAUCUUUUGCACUUUGCCCCUGCCUUCUCUGGAAUGAAGCUAACAUCUCUGAAGGAGAGUGUGCCACCAGCUCUGACUUGCUCGAAAGUCUCAGAAAGCAAAAAACCUCUGGGAAGCUCAGUCUUCAGAGGAAAAGAAUGGGUCUUAUGAUACUGUGGGAAGGCAUUUAUAUAAAGCAGUGUGAGUAGGAGCCUGUGGAUCAGGCAAGAGAAAGGUGUCUGGUCUUGGCCAGCCAGCGGGUCUGGAGGAUUAGGUGAGGGGGCUGGGGACGCAAAGGCAGGGAAAGGUGUGAGUGGCUGUGAGGACAGUAGGCAAAAUAAUCCAAAGGCAACUAGUGUACAAGUGGCUGGGGGCAGACUGACUCCCUCUGAAAGCUGGGGACAGUCCCCCUUCAGUGACUGGUGCAGAAGACAGUGGGUGCUGGGCUGCCCAGGGGCCAAGUGGGUCGAUGCAGCCAUCCUCCCACACCAUCACCUGGUCUGCUCGUCCUGGCAGGCCAGAGUGCCACGCUGGAGCAAGAGAGGCCAUUUCCAGCCACUGCUCCCUGCCUUCCCCUGGCUGAUCACCCAAAUCUGCCUCCAUCACCCAACACGUCAUGUCCCUGCCUGGGUGUUCUGCCCUAGCAGAGCUAAACUCCCCAUGCCACAUGUGUGCAGAGAGUACCCACUUCUGAAGAGUUCGGCCAACUCUGUUACAAGCUUUAAUAAUAAUAAAAUAUGAGGAGAAAUGGGAGGAUGCUCUGCUUUUAUAUUUAUAUGAAUAUGUACAUGUGUAUUUAUAUACAUAUAAAACAAAAAUUCUGUGCCCUAAAACUGGAUUUUCCAGGUCCAGGGAAAGAAAACUUUUGUUGAAAUGGUCUCUGCAAAAUGGACUUUUUUUCUCAUUCCCUGGUUUCAAAGAAGGCAAGCAAGGUUUGUGGUGCCAGAUGUGAACUAUUUUUUUAUUCUUUUUCUUACCCAUCUUAGCUUAUUGGUGGUCACAAGCUGACCAAGAUUCUUCUUUCUACUGCUUUUGUUGAUUUUUAUUUUCUGAGUGAAUUUUAUCACCUCAGAUGCUUUGUAGGAAAAGCUACUGUGCUCUGUUGGCUUUUUUCUGUUGUGACGGGAGAAAAAAAAAGGAAAAAUGUGAACAUGGAGCUUCAUAUGCUAGACAUGGUAAUUUUUUCUUGCUGAGUAGUUCGUGCAUCUCGGUGCUGAACUGGAAUUACCAGAUCACUGCCUCAGAUUGUCCAAUGGGUUUCAUUUCCUAUAGUAAUAUUCUUCCUAAAACUAUCUCUGCUUCAAUGUUGACUGAAGUUUGUUUGUUUGCAUUAGUCUAUUUUUAAAUUUAAAUUUAUUCCUAAUAAUUUAUACUGAUAUUUAAUGUUUAAGUUCAUGUGCUGUGCACAGAGGAUCACUGCAAAGCAGCUCUCCUUGAAGCCCUUCUCUUUUCUAAAAUAAACUAUGCUGUGAAACUUCACACACAGGCUGAGUUGGCUGGGACUGAUGAGUGCAAACGCACAGGUGGAUGCUUAUGCUUGUGUACACAGCAGCCCACAUUCUCUCCUCUGGCUAAGCUGUGCUCAGUGUCAGCUUUUUGCUGCCUUUAGAAUUUUCUGCUUGUUAGAAGUUGAGUCUCACAUGUUUCUGCUAACAGCACACCACAAGGAUAUCCACUGGCAGGGAUAUCCUGGCUGGUGCAGAACAGCUCUGGUCUGGCCUUGUUUCCCUUGAAAUUACUUCUGUCCUGGAAAAAUACAAGGUGGGCAUAAGGAUGCAAAGGGCAACCUGGAGGGAGGGCUGGAUUUUCUGGGGUCCCAGCUGAUAUGUGCUAUUGCAACAAAAUGUAUUUUUAAUGGUUGGAGUAAUUGUAUUGUAUUGUAUAUGGGCAGAAAGACUUUUGAAAAUGUUAUGUACAGCUUUUGUUUCCCUCUGAGAUUUCCUGGUUAUCUUGCAUUGCUUCACUUUGCUUUCUCUCACAACCACUGGAAAAAGUCUCAUUCCCUCUAGAUAUACCCAGUCUUAAUUCAAGCAUGUUUUUUUCAACUGAAUAUUACUGUAGGCCAACAUACUUACAGGAUGUUCUUCUUCCCAAAGUUUAAGGGUUUUAAAAUCUUCCUGGCUUUCCUCUUUCUAACCCACCAGCUAUUAACAUAGAGACACAUAUGGACUCAUACAUCUUAAUGCUUAUUAAUUACUUUAUAAGCCUAUAAAUAAUUAUGAGCCCAUACAUAUAAUUGGAUUUGUUUAUUAAAAUUUUGUUGCCACUGCAUCCAGAUGUGUGCACAUAUGUGUCUGUAUGUAAACACAUGCACAAAAUGCAUUGUCCAAAUGAAGGUAGAAGUGUAGUCAGAGGUGGAGGUGAUACUCAGAGAGUUUUGUCUGCAGCGUUCUUUGAAAUCUGUCAUUGAUAAUGGUAAUGAUUACUCUGGAUGUAGAAAAAAAGGCUGUGCCUAUCCAUGGAAGAAGCUUCCCCAUCCAGUCUCCCCUCUGCCCCAGAUGUGCAUCACCAUGCACUUCCAAGGGCAGAUCAAUCUCCCCUCUGCAGUCCUGCCAUGGGAGCUGCUUUUUGGUGGGUUUUCUGACCUGUUCCAGUGAAGUGAACCCAAUAAAACCUUUUUCACUGUCAGUCUUCUGGAUACAGCUCACUUAGACUAAAAUACAAGAGCCUCUAUCAGCAAAUCCAAGGGACGAAUAUGCCACUGGCAGUCAUUAUUUCAGAUUGAUAGCACCUACUGGUUCCCCUGGCUAGCUGGAUCCCAGAGAGGAUGCCAGGCUGUGGCUGUGGCCUAAUUACUGCAAUGGCUGCUUUUACACCAGCAUCUCCUUUCUAGACUCCUGGCCAUGGUAUAGCUCAGCAAUAAGCACUUUUAUUUUUUCUGGGAGAAAACCGAAAAAGGCUUAACCUCUCUCCUCUCUCUCUCUCUCUUCAUAUAACCUUAAGAGACUUUUACUAAAUGUUAUGUUUAGCUCCUGAAAGUCUAAAAGUCUCCUUUAAUUAGAACAUACCAUCUUUAAGUUUUUAAUCCAUAAAAUGACCUAGUGCCUUAGGCUACUACAAAUAUUGUAGUUACAUUUUUAACCAUCAAGCUGCACAAUGCAAUGAGUGUCCAAGGCAUACCCAGUGUACCUGUCACAGACAUACAGGCAUCCCUCAUCUGGCAGCCGACUUCAAAAUCCGUCACAGAAUGGUUAGGGUUGGAAGGGACCUCUGGAGCCCAUCUAGUCCAACCACCCUGCUAAAGAAGGUUCCCUUAGAGCAGGUUGCACAGGACCAUAUCCAUGAAGGUUUUGUAGUUCAGUCCAGGAGAGAAGAGUCUGCCCAGAAAGGAGGAGGCAUAUCCCCACAUUUUGCAGAACUGGGCCCCACCUCUGCAGCUCCAGGACUCUGAGGGAGCCAAAUGGCCCUGAUGAAGAAUAUCAUGGGAAGUGUUACUCAGUUCCUACACAGCACACUGCUUGUCUAUAAGGCAGAGGUGUGGGAGAUGCUGCUCAAAGGGAGAGCUGACCUCUGCCCCAGACUCUCAUCAAUUUUCACUUAUUUAAAAUCUGUUUAACUUUUUCUAAGCAAACAAGAUAGCAUUUAUAAAACCUAACUAUUUCAGCAAAUGACAAGUGACCCUCACAGACAUGUUGUUACAAAUCUUUACAUUUGAAAAAGAAGUCUACCUGAGAAUAGGUUUUGUUUCCUCAGAAAAACAAAUCUUCAAUUCCCUGAGAGCCCAGGGUGCUCAGAGAGCUGAGUGAAGCACGUCUUGUGUGACACAACAUCAUGACAUCACAUGGGACACUCAUACAAGGUACAGAUUGUGUGUUCCUCUACUUCAUCUAACUCUGGAUGUAAUACUGGGCUCUCUUUACAGCCAGACCCUUUCUGCUCUUUCCAACAACUUGUACCCAGCUCUGGUACCUCUGAAUACAUCCAAACUUCAGUCAAGUAUGCAAUUGAUGUGUGUCUCUGCUAUGAAUUAUGACAGGGCUUGGCUCAUCCCUUAAGCCAUGGAAGGCACAAAGGUAAUAUGCUGCUGCUCCACUGAACUCACACCAGCAAGUGCAAGUGCUGACACUAAAAAUGGCAGGCAGUCACUUUCUCUUACUUCAGCUGCUCAUCUGUCAUUUCACACCUCCUUUAGCCAGGUCACCACGGGGCAAAGCAAAUGUUUCUUUGUCAGAACAAAUGGCUGGGGGCACCAGGAAGGCAACAGAACCAGUGUAGCUGACACAUUGUAAUGGCUACAAGUUCAGUGUCACCUCUGUCCCUCUGUUGCUGCGUUGUGCUGAGCAGAGCCCAGAUAUGGCUCAGAGUCAGGGCUAUAAAUUAUGUGAUUUUUGUCCAGCAGCGGGUUCCCAGUGCCAAGCCCUGUGCACAGAGAGGGAGGACAAGUCCAGGCUUCUGAAAAUUGGCCACAAGUUCAUGCAAAAUCCCUGUAACCAGAAGGUGUAGGGCCACAGAUGACAUGUAAUGGGGAAAUAAUGUUGACUGUGUGUAUUUUUGCCACUACCUUAAUAAAAGUGAUAGAAAAACCCCAGGGUUUGUUUUUAAAUUAUUCAUUUUUUUGCAGAGGAAAUUCUUGAUUUUGGGGCAUGCUACAGCUUUCUUGAUCCCUAGAAGUAAGGCAGUCAAACACAGAAGAUACAGCAGAUUACUAUAGCAAACAAUAUAUUGUAGCUUUCACUGGAAAAUGAUUUUCAGGCAGGUGUUUUGAAGCCCUCUCUUAGGAUGCAUGUAUCAGAAAUAUCAAAGCAGAUAUUUAUAAGCAAAAUUCCCUUGUUGGACACCCAGAGAUGACCCCUUUAAGCAAGAGCCACGUGAGCUCCACACUCACAUAUAUGAAUCCUAAAAGACGGGCAAGCAGCACAACCUUUCCGAUAUUCCUUACAUUAAAAUAAAAAGGCCUAAAAUAAUGUUAAUAAGAUGCUUUAGUAUAAUACAUUUAAAAAGAAAAAAAGUAAAAUGUGCAAUCCCAUUUUUCUUUUCCUCUUUGGAAGUAUAUGUCAUUGCCCUUUAGAAGUGUAUCUUCUUCCCUCCUAGCUGACCCUGAUAAUGAAAACUUGUGUUGCCUGAGAACACUGCAGAUAAACUCCUUCUGGUACCUCAAGUCCUGUGUGAACACAGUCCCACACUGCUCUCUCCACAUCUGUCCACAGAACACACACACAAUUGUACACCCUCUCCUAUUCUGAAAGUUAGCAAAAACAUAAGAAUUUAAACUCAGAAGAUAAAAUGAAGUUAAAAGUAAAAUUCUCAGUGUGCACAGAACUAAAACUCAUAGUAUUCAGAUGAAGGAUGGAUUGAAGCCUGUGCAGAACAGAGUAAAUAGAGUAAUUCUUAGAGCCAAAUUUUAUCUAAAUUUUCUUCAUAGAUUUUUGUGAACCUAGAGCUUGCAUUUCCAAGUGCAACUAGGUGGCAACACAUAUAUGUCAGCCAGCAUCUGAUCAUGAACAUCAUCACAAGGCUUGCACAUGAAAGUAUUUUUCAGCCUGAAGUUUAGAGCCUAAAAUUAAGAUUUUGGCCCUUUUUGUCAUCCUGUAUUGUGUAAACCAUGAUGUUCAGUGUUGAACUAUUCAACCACUACUUCUUGCUUUGGUAUACAUAAUUACAGAGUCAACUUGUGCUCCGUUAUGUCUCCUAAAUGGAUCUUAUGGACAUAUUUUUCAGAGAUGCUUUAGCGUGAAAGGAAAAUGAAAAUGCAUAAUCUCUUUGAUGAAGGCAAAUUUUGAAAGGAGAGGCUAGAAAAUAUGCAUUUGAAGGGCAUAAAAUGAGAAACAAUUGCUAAAAGAUUGUUUCUGAUUUGAUACUCAGAGCCAAAUCUUGCUGCCUUCAUUUCUGUGUUAAUUCCUUAAUCCAUAUGCACCUUCAGUGACUGGUGGGAGAGCUCAAAGUCCUCUUUCCUGUUGCAGUAGUGGAGUCUGGCCAUUAGGUGAUGAUGCUUGUAAGGAAUUUACUUGGUUAGUAAUAAAUUGUCAAAAUAUGAACCAUGAUCUAGCACUUUGUUUACGGGCUCCAUAUUCAUGUUUACAAAAUUAUUAUUUCUGAGACUCAUGAUUUUUAUGUUUCUUGUAUGAAAAGGGCAGCCAGUGUACAGAUACUUGUUAUGUUUACCAGCGUUUUUGAAUAGAUUUUUUUUAUAGUACAUGGUUUUAUGAAGUGUAAUAUUUUUAUAGCAGAACGAUGAUCUUUGGACUUUCUAUAUUGUUACCUGCAAUUGUUUGCAAACAAGUUCUUUGUUCCUUUUUUUUCUGUGCACUGUAUCCCAUGUUGCUGCUGCUAAUGUUGCUGGCCUCAGCUGCUGCUGCCCCACCAUAAUGUGGGCUGAUGGUAUUGUGAAACUGUGCAAACUAACUUCAGAGAGCUGUGAUUGUACUGAAGGGCUGGCUGCAUGCUGGGUUCCUCCUGGCAGGAGGGAUGGGGAGCUGUACCCUACCAAGGCAAGAGCUUACUGUGGAUGGCCCCCAAGGAGUAGCCUCAGUGCUCGCCUUUGUCUGUAUUCUGCCAUUUUGGUUUGGCAUGACCAUCCUUUCCUUUCUUUAUAAAGAAAUAAAAAGAAAAACAUAAAAGGA